AUGACAUCGCCAGCGGGGCCUGUGUCUUGCUACAGGAAACGCACCAAGACAUUCACAGGCUGCUGGACAUGCAGAGGUCGCAAGCUGAAAUGCUCUGAAGAGAGACCUACAUGUCGACAAUGUGCAAACAAGGGUCUCGAAUGCGGUGGAUACGGUGCCAGGCUUCAAUGGUUGGCUCCUGAGACAGGCGUGCCUGAUCCCAAUGCCAGUCCGGCUCUGGUCCGAGCUACCGGGUUUUCGAGGCGUCAGAUACUGGCAGGCAAGAGCCACUCGUCUCCGCCCACAACAUUCGUCCUCGGAAGUAGGGAGAUCGAUCGGAUCUUGUUCGAUAUUGAUGCUGACCAGCCGUGUGCGGACGACGAGGCUGAGACCACGAUAGUCCGAGGUCCUUUUGCCGUCUUCGCAGCAUGUUCGUCAUACGCCGCUUUCCCAAAGUCACCAGCGACGGUUGCACCAUGCCGCAGUAUUGAACAAGACUUGAGCAUUGAGAAAGCUGAGCAUAUCGACCCUUCGCUACUAGACGAUCAAUCUUUCCCUCCUUUUCAGUCACAUAACCUAUCCCAGGAUUGGCUUUUAGGCCACGGUAAUCAAAAUACAACACUUCAGAAUAUUACAGACUCGCCUUAUGAUGCUCGGACGGCCUCUCAGAGCCCUGCCUCGCAACUAAAAUUUCAAUUUCAGUGCAAGAGCCCGUAUUCGAUAAGUAGCUCGCUCCAGCAAACCUUGAAUUGGUCACCGACCAAAGACACGGCGUUUCACGAGGACAGUGAGACCGAGACAACGGCGUCACUGUUGUUGUCGAAACCGCGCUCGACUUUCUUGUCUCACGAAGACUGCUUUCUUUUACAUCACUAUAUCCACAAGGUGGUGAGGAUAUUCUGCGUUGUCGACAACCCCAAGAGCCCUUGGAGAUCUUUGCACCUGCCUCGGGCGCUGCAGAGCUGCGGUGAGCUGGGCGCUCUUGGGGCCACAUCCAACACACGCAAUUGCCUGCUGCAUGCCAUACUGUCAAUAAGCGCCUACAGUUUGGCCAACAAUUUGAGACUCGAGGGACACACGGCCGACGUUGACAAAUGGCAGAGGAAGGCACUGCAACUUCGAUAUAAGGCUAUUGGCCUGCUGCGGGACUCAGUGGAAUACGACCUCCAUGCCAAAACAAGGCCAAAGUACAAAGAGCUCCUGGCAACUAUGCUGUCUAUGAUAACAAUUGACGUUGCUUCCGGUGAUACAGGCACAUGCGGCGUACAUCUGAAAGGCUGCGAACAGCUCAUUCGUAGCGCAAGGAAGAACAAGAAGAAAUACUCGGCCAAAGCUCGAGCACUCCAUCGCAUUUUCUUCUACCUCAGAACGAUCCACGCGAGCACGACACUCGACAAAGAUACUCCAUGCCAGAGUCCUUCCCAAGAGUACAUCGGUUCCGAACAAGCCGUGGUAGAACAAGAUGACUUCUUGAGAGAUCUGGCAAUUGAUGAUGACUCUUGGCUUGAUAUGCGAGAGAGUGAUCCCAAGGACAUGACUUCAUGUGAUCACAUCUAUGGUGUGCCUCAAAGUCUUUUGGUCCUCAUGAGGAAAGCCGUUCGUGUCGUCCAGCUUGUGUUGCGAUUCCGCCGGAGCAACCCUGGGUUGCUCUAUUCGACCAGCCUUGCCAACAAGUGCGACGAGGUUGAUGAAGAAAUUCUGGAUUGGCCCAUUGACCAGGAGCUUUCUCAUUGUCCGACCAUGACCCGCGGAGCUGAAACUGCAAAAAUCGUCGAACAUCAAACCCGUGCUUUUCACGAUGCUCUCGUACUCUACUUCUCUCAGCACGUACGAUUGAUGCAUCAUCGGCAUCUGAAGCCGUACGUUGAGAGAGUUGUGUACCACCUGGAGGAAAUUGAAAGAAUCAAGGACGGUUCCAACGUUUUUGCUGGAGCACUGUUCUGGCCAGCCUUCAUCGCUGCAUCGGAGGCUUUCGACCCGACCUUGCAAGCACGGUUCAUGGCCUGGUUCGAGAGAGCGAAGAUCUAUGGCUUGCAUUCGCUUUGGGGAGGUAAUGCCCUUGCGCUUGAGGUCUGGAACAAGGACGGUACGAACAAGGCUCGAGUUACGAGUCAGUGGCGAGCGAUCGCCGAGGAGAGACAAGUCGAGCUUAUGCUCACCUGAGCUGUCUGGAGGACUCUUAAAUCUUACAUGUUUGACACGUUCCAAGUACGGCCAACGUUCAAGCAACCCACAUGGGACUGGCAUUGUCUUUCGGUGUUUCUU